AUGAAGGCUGACCGUCUCUUGACACUGACGGCGCUUGUCGUGAUGGGCAUCAUGUGCACUUUGCCCUUCAUCAACUCGAAGGCGGGCGGUGUGCGGGAGCCGAAGACACGUGGGCGGAGCCCCGGCUUCACGACGAAUUAUGCCUCCGCGUACUUGGGGGCCACGCUGACAGAUUUCAGCCACGCAUGCAAGGGCGCAUCCUCUGUGCUCAAUGACGCCACGGAAAAGUACAUGAUCUGCUCAUGUGAGGCACGCCGGAAAUUCUUUACUGUCCAGCUCAUUCGCGAGAUCGAAGUUCGCAUCAUAACGCUAGUCAACUUGGAGCAUUUCAGCUCGAGUGUGAAGAACUUCACGCUACUCGGCAGCAAGAAGUACCCCACAAGCGAGUGGCGUGUGCUGGGGAACUUGGAGGCGAACCCGUGGCGUGGAACGCAGCACUUCGAUGUGGCCCCUCAGGAGCCUGUGCGGUUCCUGCGCUUUCUCUGGGCCACCUCGCACAGCGACGACUCGUGGUGCACGCUGACGACGUUCAAGGCGUACGGUGUCGAUGUGCUGGAGACCCUGACGGAGGACUACGUCAGUGACACGGAAGAGUCUCCGUACCAGCCGCCAGAAAUACCGCUGCCGGCGCUGCCAACAACAGUAACACCGUCUGAGCAGGCUGGCGCGGAUACCCACACCGCGACAUCCGCGAUGGGACUGUGUUCUCCAACGCAUGAAACGAAACCUCGAGAUGUUAAGACACCGUCAAGGUCGGUUGAUCAGGUAGAAGCUCUCUUUACUAGCAGCAAUAGUGGGUGUGGCGGUAGCAGUAGCAACAGCAGCAGCAGCAGCAGCACUAAUGGUAGCGGCAGUGGCAGUGGCAGCAGCAGCAGCAGCAGCAGCAGCAGUGGCAGUAGCAGCAGUGGCAGUAGCAGUAGCAGCAGAAGCUGCGGCGGUGGUGGAGAAUCCUUGAGCUACUAUUGUGACUAUGGUGGAGUGCUUGACAACGCCUCUUUGACAUGCUUGCCGCAUGAACGCCAAGCAUUUCUUGCCCGCUCGUAUUGCACGUGUCCUUCCAGAACAGUGAUAUCCGCCAAGACGACGCUUCCGUCCAAGCCGUUCCAGGGCGGGGCAGCGUUGCAAAUUCUCACACAGAUGAGCAAGCAACUCAAGGCAAUGCAACAGGAGCUGGAAGAAUCCCAAAUGCGGCAGCGGAAGAUGCAGGAGAGACUAAAUCUCACUGAGGCGACACUCCGUUACUUUGGAACGCAUUUUCGAGAUUCGUCGCGGUCUGCGGGCGACUACCGUGACAGACUGCUAGAAAUAAAGAAAGAGCUGGAUGUGAUGAAGUCCAGGCUCUCGCUUCGACUCGAAGCGGGAGGGCACAGCAGCAGCGGUGAUGCCAUACUCUGGGUCUGGGUGCUAUGCUCAAAUGUGCUGGCGACGGUGGCUGUUGCCGCUGUAUGCUUUGGUAAUCGCCCAAAUCUUCCUGGAAGAACACAACGCCUCUCUGUCCUUGGCUCGCCACGGUAG